AGGCAGGACGGGCCGGGCAGACGAGAUGCCGAGCCGAGCCGGGCCGCCGCGUCACCUGGGGCUGGUUCAGCGCGUCCCGCCCCACCCCGGCUAAGCGCGGCCGGAGCACCGCGGGAUCUUGGGCGGCGCGCAGGCAGACGCACGGGGAGGAGCCGCAGCCCCCCGCCUCGCACCCGCCCGGCCGGCCGGCGCGUCCCCCUCGCCUCGCCCGCUGCCUCUUUGUUCUUGCCUGCCGCCUGCCUGCCUUCCGCCGCCGCGGCUCGGAGGGGUGUGGGGCCCGGCCAUGGGCGGCGGGGCCCAGAGAGCUGGAGGCGGGUCGGGACCGCCGCCGUCCCAGAGCAGCCCGCCCGCCGCCGUCCUCCGGAGAUGAGCGCCGAGCGCUGCCCGCACUGCACACCGCCUUGAUCCCGCCUUCGCCCGCGGCGGCGGCCGGCCCGUUGCCAUGGUAGAUCCGGUGGGCUUCGCCGAGGCGUGGCGCGCCCAGUUCAACGACGCGGAGCCGCCCGCGAUGGCGCUGCGCUCGGUGGGCGACAUCGAGGCGGAGCUGGAGCGCUGCAAGGCGUCGAUCCGCCGCCUGGAGCUGGAGGUGAACAAGGAGCGCUUCCGCAUGAUCUACCUGCAGACGCUGCUGGCCAAGGAGCGCAAGAGCUACGACCGGCAGCGCUGGGGCUUCCAGCGCGGCCCCGAGGCCGACGACGACAGGCCCGCCCGCCCGCGCCCGCCCGCCCUGCGCAAGCUCUCCGCGCACAGCGACGGCAGCUCGGAGGCGGACGCCGCGCAGCCCGACCAGGAGGAGCGCGCCAAACCCGCCGCCUCGGACGAGAAGCCCCGGGAGGAGGGCGCUGCGGCGGGCUCCCCGGGCAGGGCGCGGCCGGUCCCCAGCUGCAAUCGCCGCCGCCUGCCCCCCGCUGCCGCCUCAGUGGAGCGGGACGUCUUGGAGGCGGGCGCCAGGGAGCGCGGCCAGGGGGGGGGCGGCGCGGGGCUGCUGCGCUCCGGCCUGGAGCGCGGGAGGAAGGCGCCUUCGUCGUCGCCGCCGCCCUCGAGGCCGCCGGACGGCCGGGAGGCGGGCGAGAAGCCCUUCUACGUGAACCUGGAGUACCACCGCGAGCGCGGCCUGGUGCGCGUCAACGACCGCGACGUCUCGGAGCGCAUCAGCGUGCUGGGCAGCCAGGCCAUGCAGCUGGAGGCGCGCAAGAAGCUGCCGGGGCCGCCGCGGGGCCGCUCGGCCGACGCCGCCUAUGACGACGGGGGCGAGUAUGAGGACGCGGAGCUCAACGUGCGCUUUCUGAAGGACAACCUGCUGCUGGACGGCGCCGGGCGGCCCGCCUGGACGUCCGCCUCCCCCGCCGCCUUCCAGCCCUACCAGAGCGCCUUCGGGGGCGGACCGGCGGGGACGGCCGAGCAGCCGCUCACCUGGCCGCGCCGCUCCUACUCGCCGCGCGGCUUCGAGGACCUGGGCGGGGGCGGCGGCGGCGGCUACACGCCGGACUGCAGCUCCAACGAGAACCUGACAUCCAGCGAGGAGGACUUCUCGUCCGGCCAGUCGAGCCACGUGUCGCCCAGCCCCACCGCCUGCCGCCUCUCCCGCGAGAAGAGCCGCUCGCCCUCGCAGCACUCGCAGCAGUCCUUCGACAGCAGCGGCAGCCCCCCGACCCCGCAGGCCCCCAAGCGUCACCGGCACCAUGCGCAGGCCGCCGGCCCCGAGCCCAGGAAGAGCGCGCCGCCCUGGCCCUGCGACGGAGAGUCGCCCGCUGGGAGGGCCGCCGCGGACGGCUGUUUCCAUGGCGACUCAGAUCUCUCCUUUGGUGGCCUUGCACCAGGCUACGUCUACGAUGUGGACAGAGCUGAGGAGCAGAGGCACCACCAUGACAUCAUGCCCUUCAUCGAUGACUCCCCCUCCUCUUCACCCCAUCUCAGCUCCAAGAGUCGAGGCAGCCGAGAUGGCUUCUCCUCGGGGUCCCUGGAAUCUUCCAAAUCAAGUGAGCCAGACCUGGAAAAGGGCCUGGAGAUGAGGAAGUGGGUCCUGUCGGGCAUCCUGGCCAGUGAGGAAACCUACUUGGGUCACCUUGAGGCUCUCCUGCUGCCCAUGAAGCCUCUGAAGGCAGCUGCCACCACCUCCCAGCCGGUCCUGACGAGCCAACAGAUCGAGACCAUCUUCUUCAAAGUGCCUGAGCUCUAUGAGAUCCACAAGGACUUCUAUGACGGGCUUUCCCCCCGCGUCCACCAGUGGAGCCACCAGCAGCGGGUUGGCGACCUCUUCCAGAAACUGGCCAGCCAGCUCGGAGUGUAUCGGGCCUUUGUGGAUAAUUAUGAGGUUGCCAUGGAGACGGCCGAGAAGUGUUGCCAAGCCAACGCGCAGUUUGCAGAAAUCUCAGAGAACCUCAAAGCUCGAAGCUCCAAGGAUGCAAGAGACCAGACAACAAAAAACUCCUUGGAAACUCUCCUCUACAAGCCGGUGGAUCGGGUCACACGCAGUACUCUUGUGCUCCAUGAUUUGCUGAAGCACACCCCCUCGAGCCACCCCGACUACCUGCUCCUGCAGGACGCCCUGCGCAUCUCCCAGAACUUCCUGUCCAGCAUCAACGAGGAGAUCACACCCAGGAGGCAAUCUAUGACUGUCCAGAAGGGGGAGCACCGGCAACUCCUGAAGGACAGCUUCAUGGUGGAGCUGGUGGAGGGAUCUCGGAAGCUGCGUCAUGUCUUUCUCUUCACGGAUCUUUUCCUUUGUGCCAAGCUUAAGAAGCAGAUUGGAGGGAAGAGCCAGCAGUAUGACUGUAAGUGGUACAUUCCCCUCUCAGAUCUCAGCUUCCAGAUGGUGGAUGACUCCGAGACGAUGCCGAACAUCUCUGUUGUGCCAGACGAGGAGCUGGAUGCCAUGAAGAUCAAGAUCUCCCAACUCAAGAGCGACAUCCACGUGAAAAGGCGGGCUAACAAGGGAAGCAAGAACUUGGAGAGGUUGAAGAAAAAGCUGUCUGAACAGGAAUCCCUGCUUCUCCUGAUGUCUCCUAAUAUGGCCUUCCGAGUGCACAAUCGCAAUGGCAAAAGCUACACCUUCCUCAUCUCCUCGGACUACGAACGCGCCGAGUGGCGAGAGAUCGUCCGAGAGCAGCAGAAGAAAUGCUUCAAAAGCUUUUCGCUGACAUCGGUGGAACUCCAGAUGCUGACAAAUUCUUGUGUGAAGCUUCAGACGGUGCAUCACAUUCCCCUCACAAUUAACAAAGAAGAUGACGAACCUUCCGGCCUCUAUGGAUUCCUGAAUGUGAUUGUCCAUUCGGCCACUGGCUUCAAGCAGAGCUCCAGCUUGUACUGCACCCUGGAAGUGGAUUCCUUCGGCUACUUUGUGAACAAGGCCAAAACGAGAGUUUACAGAGACACUGCAGAGCCCAACUGGAACGAGGAGUUUGAGAUAGAACUGGAGGGCUCCCAGACUCUGCGCAUCCUGUGCUACGAGAAGUGCUACCACAAGAGCAAGCUCACCAAAGAAGACGGCGAGACCACCGACCGCAUUAUGGGCAAAGGCCAAAUCCAGCUGGAUCCCCAAACCUUGCAAGACAAAGACUGGCAACGCACGGUCAUCUUCAUGAACGGGGUCGAAGUGAAGCUCUCCGUGAAGUUCACAAGCAGAGAGCUCAGUCUAAAGAGGAUGCCAUCUCGAAAACAAACAGGAGUAUUUGGAGUAAAGAUUGGGGUUGUCACCAAGAGAGAGCGAUCCAAGGUGCCUUAUAUUGUGCGCCAGUGUGUGGAGGAGAUUGAACGUCGGGGCAUGGAAGAGGUGGGCAUUUACCGGGUCUCUGGAGUUGCCACAGAUAUCCAGGCUUUGAAAGCAGCUUUUGAUAUUAAUAACAAAGAUGUCUCCAUCAUGAUGAGCGAGAUGGAUGUGAACGCGAUUGCAGGAACACUCAAGCUCUUCUUUAGGGAGCUGCCAGAGCCUCUCUUCACAGAUGAACUCUAUCCCAACUUUGCUGAAGGCAUUGUGUUGUCUGACCCGGUUGCAAAAGAAAGCUGUAUGCUGAAUUUGCUGCUUUCGCUUCCGGAGCCCAACCUGGUCACCUUCCUUUUCCUCUUGGAUCAUUUGAAAAGAGUUGCUGAAAAGGAGAACAUCAACAAGAUGUCGCUUCACAACCUGGCCACCGUUUUUGGACCAACAUUACUCAGACCGUCAGAAAAAGACAGCAAAAUUCCUGCCAAUCCAAUGCAACCCAUGGCCAUGACUGACAGCUGGUCACUCGAAGUCAUGUCCCAGGUUCAGGUUCUCCUCUAUUUCCUGCAACUGGAGACAAUUCCCACCCCGGACAGCAAGAGGCAGAGUAUCCUCUUCUCCACUGAGGUGUAGAAGCCAAAAGCUCCAUCCAUCCAUCCAUCCGUCCCUUCCUCUGACCUUCCAGCCUUUCCAUCUCCUUGGGAAGGAGAGAAAGCCCUCCCUCUCUCCCCCUCUCUGUUGACCAAGAAGCCACUGGGGGAAGAUUAUUGUCUUCAGGGAAAGAUUCCU